UUGCACCACGCCUCUCUUCUCUCUCCCUCUCUUUCUCAUAGAUAUAUACACACACCUUGAAAAGAAGAGAAUAGAAAAGAAGAGAAUGGGGAGAGGGAGAGUGGAAUUGAAGAGAAUUGAGAACAAGAUAAACAGACAGGUGACAUUUUCAAAGAGAAGAAAUGGGCUUCUCAAGAAAGCUUAUGAGCUUUCUGUGCUUUGUGAAGCUGAGGUUGCCCUCAUUAUCUUCUCCAGCAGAGGCAAGCUCUAUGAGUUUGCUACUACUAGCACGACCGAGACCCUUGAACGUUACCAUCGUUGCUCUUUAAAUCAUCAAGAAAAUAGUGGGGAAGGAGAAACACAGAGUUGGUACCAGGAAUUUUCAAAAUUGAAGGCCAAGUAUGAAUCUCUUCAAAGAACUCAAAGGCAUCUGCUCGGUGAAAAUCUGGGAACAUUGAGCCCCAAGGAGUUGCAAAAUCUUGAAAAACAACUUGAAGGAGCUCUUGUCCAAGCCAGGCAAAGGAAGAAACAUAUUUUGAUGGAAGAAAUGUUGGAGUUAGGCAGAAAGGAAAGGCAACUAGGAGACAUGAACAAGCAGCUCAAGAUUAGAGUGUCACUUGAAAUGUCCUCGGUAGAGGCAGAAGACCAACAACGUACGGGAGCCCUUUCGCUGCCAUGGAACGAAGGUGGCGCCGCCGCCGCCACAUCAGCUGGAACCAGUGGCUUUCCCCUCCUUGCAACACCUCCGGAAGUUGAACCAGAACCUAUUUUACAGAUAGGGUAUAAUCACUACAAUGUUGGAGAAGGUUCAUCUGCUGCUGUGGACACUAAUUUCAUCCAAGGAUGGACUCUUUGAAUUUCUUCCAAACUACUCCUAUCUCCAUUUCCAUAUAAUGUUUAGUUGUUACAUUACUUUUAUGUGCUUGUGUUUUUGUCAUGCAAUUAAUAUUAUAUAUAUAUAGCGAGAGAAAGAUAGAUGUUUAUGAAUCUAAGUGAGAUUGGGAGAUAUAAUGUGAUUAAGUUCGGGUUUGUACUUGUUUCAAUAACCUUUUCGUUAUGUGAGUAAUUAUUGCUAA